AUGAAGUACGGCGACACCCUGCGCCAGCGAUCCAUCCCGCAAUGGGGGCCGUAUAACCUCGACUACGACGAGAUCAAGCACCUCAUCAAGGAGCACACCACCCCCGGCAAUGGCAAGGCCGUGUCCAUUCCCGGCCAGCCCGACGUGAACCGCCGCCAAUUCGAGGACCAGCUGUUCGAAAUCCUGUCCGACGAGCAUCGGCGCAUCGAUCUUUUUGUGCGCAGCAAGUCGGGCGAAAUCGAGCGCCGUCUGAACCAUGUAACGAAGCAGAUCAACCAGUUUACCCUCCGCGAACGCGCUACCUCCCCCGGGGACCGAAACAUAUCCGAAAGGCGCCGGCAAAAAUAUGGCAAGAUAGAGGGCGACGUGCUGCGGGCGGGCGAGGAAGUUCGGUCGCUGGCCCGAUUCGUCGGCGCGCAGCGUCUUGCUUUCGCGAAGCUGCUCAAGAAGUACAAGAAAUGGACGCAUUCCGACUCGCUGGAGCAACGCUUCAAGCAGGAGGUGCUUAGCCAGCCCGGAACCUUUUCACAGACUGACGUUGCCCCGUUGAUGAACUAUUGGAGCGACACGUUACAUGCUGUGCGAACGGCCUACCAAGCCGGCCAGGCUCCUGAUACCCCCAGGAUUGCUCUCAGCGAUGAAAAUCUGGUCGAGUCCGCCGGGUCGACCGAUUUGAAGGCCGUCCCAUCCAGAAUCCAUGCCGCAGCCGAAACCGCGAACGAAGUAGAUCUCGAUACUGCGCUGGCAACACUUCCUCUGGGGCCGUCGGGAGCCCGGGCUACCUAUUGGGUGCAUACAGAGCAGAUUGUGGAAAUUCAGAUUCUACUUCUUCAGACGUUACGACUCUUCGAAGGCAAACUCGCCAAGUCCCAGCCGACAUCUCCCUUUGAAACUCCAAAGCGGCGGGAUUCCUCCGAGAGGCUAGAUGGUCUGAAUGACAGGGCAGACAGCGUUGGUACUAUCUUCAUCGAUGACUCGGAGAGAUAUGCCAAACAGCGAAGUGCUACGACCGUCGAAGAUGCGGAGGAAACGCCCGGGAAGCCUGCAACUCGUGUUUUGGGAAGUGCUCGUUGGAAUGCUGCCGGUGAUGCCGCUGUUUGCGUGCCCUGUGAAUUUGAGCCAGCGAGCAGCGGAGCAUCCGUGUGCACCAAGCUAAAACGCAAGCAUCUCAGUGAUUUUCUCACUCUAGACAGACCGUUCCAUGCUCGGAGGGCGUCUGGCUUGUCGCCCAUCCAAGAGAAUGCCUCCCAGUCUGAUGUUUCGGGGCGUGACCCGGUCGAUGAUCUUCGCGCAUGGCUCUUGACUCACAAGGACUUUGAUCCCAUCGCAGGACUCAGCGCAAAGCGCAGCCGCUUCGUUGGCAUGGAUAACGACUCGGAUCACGGUGUCUGGGCGGUGUUGGAUCGCGAGAUCUACUUGAAGACGCCCGAUUUGUCUGAUUUGGUCGAGAGUGACUGGCCUAAGAAAAUGAGGCGGGACGCAACUGCCUUCCCUUUCGCUGUCCUAGAAGUCCGUUACGAAGGAGCGCAAACGAAUGACCUGAUCCGUACCCUUGAUCACAGUCAUCUUACCGAGCGCAUCAGAGGCUUUUCGUUGGAGGCGCAUGCCAUCUGGACUUGUUGCAAGCCAUCUUCUAUGCAGCCACCAUACUGGCUUCCAACGUUAGAGCGCGAUAUCAGAAAGGUCCCAGCAGCCGUACCGAAGCACAGCUCCCGUUGCGGAAGCGGGAUCCCGCAUCUCGAAGCGGGUAGCUCGCGGCAGACUUCAGUGUCCAAUUCUUCCGUGACGGACGGCCAGACUAGUCGUUAUACAACACUGCAUGGUGGAUCGUCCGCAACAUCCAUGAACGAUAUCGAGCCCUCUACGCUGAGCGCUUCUAAGAAACCGAGGCGCUCAAACUUGCGCGACUUCGCCAUGAACGAAGAUCAGGAAUCUCGCACCAACAUCCAAGGCUACUGGAAUGAAUAUGACAAUCCCGAGGACGGCGAGGACGAAGACGCGUACGUAAUCUACGUGGAUCCGUAUGAAUCAAUCAAGCUUCCGGGGCAAGAAACAAUCAGCAAGCUCAUUGGCAAACUGAAAAAAGCCAUUGGGUCGCGCCGCAGGCCUUCAGAGCACGAUUCGCUCCUUGCUUCACCAACAGCGAAUAGCGUCGAAGAUAGCGACGAUGGCGAGCCGAGCUCCUCCGCCCGCAGUUGGAACCACGGUUAUGGCACCAUGCCUGACAACGCCAACAAUGCACAUGGAUCGGGCAAGUCCCAUCGGCCUGAUCGUCGUAACCGUCUUCUUGACCUCUUCCGUCCAAGGGACUCGGUCACCGAGACUCGCUGGAGCUACCGCCCCAGCCCGGUACAGACUUUGGGAGCCAACCCUUCUGACCUGAAUGAGCUUCUUGCAGACCUCGAGCAGCGCCGUGCCGAGCGUGAAGCGACCAAGUUCCGGCUCUGCAUGACUUCGCUGGCUGCAUCGGUCAUGGUGCUGCUCAUUACCUGGACACUUGCUGCGACAAGCCGGAGGAAACUUCGCAGAGAAGUCAACGUCAUGGUUGUGGUUGGUGUGGUUGCCAAUUUGGUCUUCGCCAUCAUGGGCGUUCUUUGCGCAGUAAGCAAAAGGCAAAGCCUGGGCCUGAUCGCUGGCUUGUGUGUGGCGGCAGUGGUUUCGGCCGUGUGCAUAGCUGAUGGCGGGCUACUCGUUUGGCUCUUGAGCUGA